CUACAGAGCCACAGACUACAACUUUGACAGUCGACAGCUGUUAGAGAUAGAUGCCAAAAUUGAAAACAUUAACAAAGUAUUUGUCAAAUUAAAUAUCCUUUUUCGAUUAUUCUGUCAAAGAAUCAUCAUGGCUCCGAGGUUUGAAAUCGCGGUUGGUCUUAAGAAAGGCCACAAAACAACAAAGAUUUCCGGUGGAAAAAAAGGAAUUACAGAUAAAGCAAUUAGAAUUAGACCUGCUAGGUUGAAGGGUCUUCAAACAAAGCACUCCAAAUUUGUAAGGGAUUUGGUACGUGAAGUGGUUGGUCAUGCUCCUUAUGAAAAGAGAGUAAUGGAAUUGCUUAAGGUUUCAAAAGAUAAGCGCGCCCUUAAGUUCUUAAAGAGACGCCUAGGCACGCACAUUCGCGCCAAGAGGAAGCGUGAAGAGAUGAGCAACGUUCUUGUACAAAUGAGGAAGGCGGCCCAUCAUGCUCAUUAAUAAAUAAUAAUAUGUUUUAAA